AUGAAUAUUCCAUUAGAAUCAGAUAUGGCUCUUCCUAUCGUUUCGCCUCCUCCUCCGGCUGGGGCGGCUCCAGCGUAUCCUCCUCCGAUUGGGCCUCCUCCUCCGAUUGGUCCGGCUCCAGCGUAUGAUCCUCCUCCGAUUGGUCCUGGUGGUGGUGGUGGUGGAGCAUAUCCUCCGGCGGCUGGGGCGGUGGCGUAUCCGGCUGGUGGUGGUGGUGGAGCUCCUCCUCCGCAUCCUCCUCCGCAAGCUGGAGCUGGUGGUGGGCAGCAACCGCCUCCUCCUCCGAGGGAUGGAAGGGAAAGUGGUGGGAGUUGUGGGAGUGGUGGGAGACCGCCUCCACCUCCGCAUCCGCAUGGUGGUGGUGGUGGUGGUGGAGCACAUCCGCAUCCACCGCCUCCUCCGGAUGGGAGAAGGAAGGCAGAAGUAGCCGAGAUGGUGAACCAGAAAGAGGAAAAUGAGCAGGACGAUGCUCUUUUUGGGAUUGAUGAUGGUGAUUGGAUCAGUUCACAGCUUCCUAUUGGGAGGAACAGGUUGUGGAGGAUAGGCCCAUCGCUCUCCCUCUGCGGAGGAUGCGCUCCACGUCCCCGUGUUGCUGCUCCUCCAUUUGCUCCACCUCCACCACCAUCUCCUCCACUUCCUCCAAGAUGUGAAUGCCCACCUCCAACCUGUCACUCGUGUGCUCCUGCUCCAUCAUCAUGCGGAUGUGGAGGUGGAGGCGGCGGCGGAUACGCUUCAUAUCCACGUGGCGGCUACAGCAGAGGAGGAGACGAUGAUUCCGAAGAAUAUUCAGAAGAGACUACAAGUAAUGAGGAUGACGAGGAGAGGAAGUAA